GGCCCCCCUACUCCCGGUUGUGGCGGUGUUUCGGGAUCAGCCUCUCAUAGGAGACUGCACUUUUCACUCCCGAGGGCGAUGCGCUCCGGUGCAGCCGUCAGGGCCGGCCGGAAAGUCUGCAGGUGCCUGUUGUCUGGGUAUAGUCGAGUAGAUGGGGGGCAGCCGGAGCAGUUGACGGGAGGGAGCGGCUCCUUCGUAGGGCCCUUGAGGUCGCACGCGGAGCUGCCCCCGGUGAGCGAGCCGAGAGAAGGCCCCGAGUCUGGCGGCGAGGAGAGCGAGGCGCUGGUAGAGAUCUGUCAGAAAAGGCGUUUCCUCAGUGGCACCAAGCGACAGCUUAGUCGAGAUUCUCUUCUGAGCGGGUGCCACCCCGGCCUUGGCCCCUUGGGCAUAGAGUUGCGGAAGAACCUGGCGGCGGAAUGGUGGUCCUCGGUGGUGGUGUUCAGGGAGCAGGUCUUCCCGGUAGACGCCCUCCACCGUGAACCAGGCCCUUCGCUGCCCGGGGACAGUGCCUUCAGGUUAGUUUCUGCAGAAACGCUACGCGAAAUCUUGCAAGACAAAGAGCUGAGUAAGGAACAGCUAGGAGCAUUUCUUGAGAACUUACUGAAAACUUCUGGGAAACUACGGGAGAACCUUCUUCACGGUGCCUUGCAGCACUAUGUUAAUUACCUGGAUCUGAUAAACAAGAGGCUACCUUUUGGCCUUGCUCAGAUUGGAGUGUGUUUUCAUCCUGUUUCUGAUACUAAGCAGACACCUGAUGGUGUUAAAAGAAUUGGUGAAAAGACUGAAGCUUCACUGGUAUGGUUUACUUCAGCAAGAACUGCGAGCCAGUGGCUUGAUUUCUGGUUACGUCAUCGACUCCUGUGGUGGAGAAAGUUUGCUGUGAGUCCAUCUAACUUCAGCAGCAGUGAUUGUCAGGAUGAAGCGGGCCAAAAAGGAAACAAACUUUACUACAAUUUUCCGUGGGGAAAGGAGCCAAUAGAAACCCUGUGGAAUCUAGGAGAUCAUGAACUUUUACACAUGUAUCCUGAAAAUGUAGCUCAAUUACACGGCAGAGAUGGACGGAAAAAUGUGGUUCCUUCUGUUUUAUCCAUAAAUGGAGAUCUAGACCGAGGCAUGCUGGCAUAUCUCUACGAUUCUUUCCAGCUAACAGAGAACUCCUUUACAAGAAGGAAAGAUCUUCAUAGAAAGGUGCUUAAACUUCACCCUUGUUUAGCCCCUAUUAAGGUUGCUUUGGAUGUGGGAAGAGGCCCAACAGUGGAACUAAGACAGGUUUGUCAAGGGCUAUUUAAUGAAUUAUUAGAAAAUGGAAUAUCUGUGUGGCCUGGUUAUUUGGAAACUGUGCCAUCCUCAUUGGAACAACUUUAUUCAAAAUAUGAUGAAAUGAGUAUCCUCUUCACAGUGUUGAUUACUGAAGCUACUUUGGAGAACGGAUUAAUACAUCUGAGAAGUAGAGACACCACAAUGAAGGAAAUGAUGCAUAUAUCCAAAGGGCCUCAGCCUUCACAGGAAGAUUGUAUUCCUGGUCUCAGAUCAGCUGACUGCACUAACUGGCAACAUGGAAUGUCUAUACUGCAGUUGAGACGGUUCCAGUGGGGUCAAGCGCCAGUUGCCCACAGCAAUGCCCAGCUCAACCUUAUACCUCAUUCUGGCUUUUCCUCCAGUCCCUCACGCCUGUUCCCUAGUGUCCCUUCUGUUGCACACAAGGCCUUUUCUCAGGCUCUGCUUUCCAGGCUAGCUCAGGAUAAGACUAUCAGAAGGCCCUAGAAAGCAGCCCUGGGAAACGGAAUUCCUCCCAGGAUGAAUGGCAAUAAGGACUCUGUUGCCGGUGGUAAGGGGAGUGGAGAUAAUCCUUACAUGCCAUAGCUUCACAAUUACUAAGACUUUCCCCUGCAGCGGGGAAGGGAGCAGAGGUAGAUAAUGAAGCACUAGGUUAUGCAAUAGUUCUAGCAUUUGAAAGGCAUGAGGCAAUAGUAAUUAUAUGGAUUGUGGAGUUGGUUGGCUUCUACUAACUGCUUUAGAAGCUUUGCAAGAGAAAAUGAGAGGCUGUCAAUUCAGGGCAUGCUGUGAAACCCAGGGGCAUUCUGGACUUUGAGACCUCAGAAGGUCUUAAUAGGGGACUUCCCUGGUGGUCCAGUGGGUAAGACUCCACACUCCCAAUGCAGGGGGCCUGGGCUCGAUCCCUGGUUGGGGAACUAGAUCCUGCAUGCAUGCCACAACGAAGAAGCAACUAAGACCCAGUGCAGCCUGCAUACAUACAUACAUACAUACAUACAUUAAAAAAUAAGGUCUUAAUAGGAUCAAAUCCAGUUACUGGUAUGCUUAUUAAUUUGCUAGCCCCUCCCCACCCCUUUCCUUCUCUAUUUCACUCUCCCUGGGCCCUCAUAUAAACAACCUGCACCAAGUCCUUGCCUCAGGCUCUGCUUCAUGAUUAAGACACGAAGAAGCUAACGGUGGCCAAGUCACUAAGUUUAUAACCUCAAAGACUUAAUGAUUUCUAAGGGGAGCAGCCAAUUAGUAUGACUCAAGCUAAGCAUGAUCAUACUAUGAAUAGCUAGUCAUUUUUUUAGUUCUUACUUUGUGCCCAGCCCUGUUCCAAACCUUUUACAUCCAUUACCUGAGUUAAUUCUCACAGCAGCUCCAUGAUGUAGGUAUUAUUUCUCUCUCUCCCCCUCCUCUCCCCCACCCUCUCAAAUGAGGAAACUGAAGCCCAGAGAGUUUAUGUAACUUACCCAGAGUCACACAAUUAGCACAGGACUGAACCUGGAUUCAGCUCAGUCUGACUCCACAGCCCCCACACUCUUAGCCUCUGUGAUAUACCGAUUUCUUCCAAAUAACAAUAUCAACAGAGAAAGGGGGGAAAUUAUGUUCAUGAAUGCUGCUUUAGGCAACAAAAUCCUCAAAUUCAUCUGGACCUGUGUGCACAGUAUCCCUUCCCACCCUGAAGAUGCAUUCCCACAGCCAGUGCUGCUGCUGUUCUUUGCUGGGAUUUAAGUCCCAGUUCAACCACUUACCAAGCUAGGGAUGACCCUGUGAAAUUACCCCAUUUAAGCCUAAAUUUCCUUACCUGUAAAAGCAAGUUAAUAAUACUGGCCUUGUAGGUGUUCCACAGAUUUAGUGUCUAAUAGCUAAUAGCUAUGAUUUUUCUAGUCAGAGGUCCAUUGUUGGGAACAGAGAAAAAGAACAGAGCAGAAGAAUUUUGGUCAAGUUAUUUUGUUUGUCUGGAACCCAAGAAAUGCCUCUUGGCUUUAUUGGACUUGACUUAUAACUCCUAGGAUAAGAGAUUCAAACCAGAAAUAAUUUUGUCCCCUGAAGUGGGCUGAAUGGUGGCUCCCCAAAAAGAUAAGUCCUAACUCCUGGAACCCGUGAAUAUCACCUUAUUUGGAAAAAGGGUCUUUGCAGAUGUAAUUAAUAAGUUAAGGAUCUCAAGAUGAGGUCAACCUGGAUUGACCUAAAUCUGCUGACCAGUGUCUUUAAAAGAGAAAGGCAGAGGGAGAGAAGGCCACGUGAAGAUGAGGCAGAGAUUGGAGAGGUGCUGCCACAAGCCAAGAAACACCAGGAGCCACCAGAAACUGGAAGCGGCAAGUGAGACUUCUCCCCCAGAGCUUUUGGAGGGAGCGCAGCCCUGCUGACACCUUGACUUUGGAUUUCUGACCUCUGGAACUGUAAGAAAAUACAUUUCUAUUGUUUUAAGCCACCAGUUUGUGGUAAUUUGUUACAGCAGUCCUGGGAAACUAAUCUACUUCUCUCUUCUCCCCCAAGUCAACUCUGCGCUGUUCUCUUGACAGAGAGCUGAUGGGAAAUGCAGCACAUAAAGGCAUGCCUUUGACAUGACCUAAAUCUUGAUGACUGAGAAAGUCCAUGGAAAUCAAUAUAAAUAAUUUUGCAGGCUUCCAAAAGCUGAGAGCAAAUUUUAAUGGCAAUGGAUAAUAAAUGUGUACUUGUUGAGUAA